AUGUCAGUGGUAAUUGAUAGCGAAAAGGAAUCCUACCGACCCAGUUUUAAAUCCACCGGCACCCCGAAGCACGUGUCCCCGGCCGAGGCCUACAAGCAGGAAACCCAGAAGGAAAUAUUUGCCGAAUUGCUGGGAUCAUCGCAACUGGCAGAGAAAUAUUUCGAGGGCGCCAACGCCUUUUUAGCGAGAGGACACAUGUCUCCCGAUGCAGAUUUUACAUUCGCCAUUUGGCAAUAUGCCACCUACUUCUAUGUCAAUGUUUGCCCACAAUGGCAGGCCGUGAAUGCUGGAAACUGGUUACGUGUAGAAAAUCUAGCAAGAAAAUUGGGAUCUUCCAGAGGUGAAGAUUUGACCAUCUAUUCAGGUGUCCAUGAUAUCCUAACUCUGCCUGAUGUCAACAACAACGAAGUAAAAAUGUCCAUUGCCAAAGACGGAAACAUUUGGGUACCCAAAUGGAAUUGGAAAAUAGUACAAUCGCCAAAAACCGGUGAAGGCAUUGCUUUUGUUACUCUCAAUAAUCCUUAUGCAGAGAAAGUUCCCCAUAAAGAUCUACUUUGCAAGGAUAUCUGUAAAGAAGCUGGAUUUGAAGAUUCCUAUUUUGCUGAUUUAACUAGAGGAUACACAUAUUGCUGUAAUGUAGAAGACUUGUUGGCUGCUGUUGAAACUGCUCCUAAAGUUGAAGUUAAAUUGUUGAUGAAAGCGUGA